CCCACAAAGACGAACAAACAUGGGCGUAUCUUGCCAGAUACGACUCCGGAUUACGUCCAAUGCCUCUAUCUGUAGUCUCCGCUCAACAAACAAGCGAUGACGGAGGCCUGGACAUCACAGUGCUAAUCAACGUCACAAAAUUAGAAGUAACUUUGAAUGGAAAAGUUAUCUACGAGGCGAUCGGCGGGCCAGAGAAAAUGGGGUACAAACGCCCUCACUCGGGGUUGCAUAUCAUUGUCUUGCAUCCAUGCGGGGGCCGUGUGAUGAGGACGCAACGAUUCAUCACUUUCCAGCCGGCCGAGCACGUGGAUAUGGCCGACCUCAUCACUUCCAUUCAGCCGGGGAGGGUCGUCAUCGCUGCGGCUGUGCCCGAAUGGUUCAUGUUCAUGGGAGAAGAAGGGGAAAACGCCUUAAAGAAAUUGGGGUUUACCUUCCCCUUGCGAAUAGCCUCGGGUGAACCCUGGCUAGGAAUCGCCGUCUCAGGUCACAGGGUCAUCGCUGAAGGGGUUGCGACGGGUCAACUGGGUCUGCAUCCAGCCGGUGCCUUGGAUUUUGCCGUGAGAGUGCCCAAGGUCUGUGGCGAAGGCAGGCGAUGCGACUGGUAUGGGGAAGAGAAAUUGCAAAGUCAAGCAACAUUUUGCGAAAGGUACGAAGGCUACGGUGACCUGUGUUCGUGUCAUGACCCUUUCACUGCUGAUGUCAGGUCAAAGCAGGCUAAACUUAAGGAGAGGAAAGAACACAUUCCAGUGGUCGUGGUGACGGCUAACAAACCCAGACAUCUUUUUAGACUCGUCCGAAACCUCUUCACUGUCCAAGGUGCGUCCGAAACCGGCGUAGUCGUGGUCGUCGACGGUGUCCACGCAGAGACCCUGGCCUUAGGGGCGGUCUUGGGCGUGGAGGUCGUCGUCCACACGCCCGUAGGCACGCACAACGAACGCACGAACGCCAACGUACGCUUCGCUCUCUACACCGUCUUCACGCAGUUCCCGGAUGUCGAUAAGGCGAUUCUUCUCGAGGACGAUUUGCUGUUGGCGCCCGACGUGCUGAGUUUCUUCCACCAGGCGGCUUGGCUCCUGGACCGCGACCCGACCCUCUUCUGCGUCAAUGCCUUUAACAGCAACAGCCUCCCUGGCGUGGCGUCCGAUCCUACGAAAAUCCUGCGGUCCGAAUCCUUCCCUAUGUACGGGUGGAUGGUCAGGAGGCAGUACGCGCUUCAGGCUGUGCUGCGCUGGAUUCCGUAUGGGUUGGGUGACUGGGAUUUCUGGCUCAUGCGGGCGGACUCCCAGCGCGGCCGUGACCUCGCUUCGCCCGAGGUCAGCCGCACCUUCCACGCAGGGUCAGCCGGGGCCCACGUCGACGGCUUCGAGCAGCAGCUGUACUACGGACGGAUGAUGAUGACGAGUGACCCGGAUGUCAAGUUGGAGAAUCUGACGAGCAUCCUCCUGGACAACUACAUGCGGAAUCUAACGGACGAAAUUAAGUCCGCGGAAAUGCUGUCGCCAAAUCCUCUAGACGAAAAUCUUGUACCCGAAGGACAUCCGGGACCUUUCGUUGUGUUCGUGAGGUCCGGCACAAGGAAUGAUGAAUUCUACAGCUUCAGGGUAUUCAUGAUGAGCCUCAACGCCUACUACUGGGACACGCGAGAGGUCUUCAGAGGAGUCAUGAGGUUCCGGGUGGGCGGGGGGCGGCUCCUGUACGUCGUGGGCUGCCCGCUCUCUCAGGACUUCUGCAAGUACAACCCCAAAGGCCACAUGACCCUCACGCCUUCGAAACAGCUGGUUCUCGCGGUGCAGCGGAAGGUCGACCGGUUCGAAGCCAGCCUUUCCGAAACCCGCGUCCGGCACAGGGUUCCCGCGAGCGACCCCGCCGAGGAAGCGCUGCUGAUGAACUUGGUGUGAGGGAGCGCAGGGGCUUAGCGUUGGGGCGUUUGGC